UUGCGCCGCAGUAUUGGUCGAUCCCGCUUCGCCAACGGCGGAGUUAGAGGUUCUCCCAUUACCCCUUGAGCACGUUCGUUAAAUUUUCUUGGCAAAUAAUUAACACUACGGCGUCGUUGAAUUUGAUCAAGAAAUAAGUCGAUUGAAUUGUGUUCAUUGCAAAAAAAUAGCCAUUAAACAUUUCAAAAGUGACGUGAUCAAAGAUCCGGCUGAGGAACGGAAGUCAUUCGUGAUUACACUUAGCUGUGUCGACGGAAGUAUUUGUCAAUAAACUCUAACUGAUUUUUAACUAACUCAAGCUAAAUUGAAGAACUAUUUGAAAUUUAAAUAAAAAUGAUUCCAAAGACGUCUGUGAGGACUGUUGACACAACUUAAAUAGAUUAUUUUAUCAGCAAGAUUAUCAUAAAAGUAAUAGACUGAAGUAAGGUUUUAAGAAAAUUUAUUGGAUCAAAUAGUGAAAGAAGUAGCAGAGCGAUACGAGGCUGUCGAGUGAUGGAUGAAUGGGAGUAAGCACGGCGCCUGAGCAGCACAGGCGUGGGCGUCGGUGCCGGUGGGAGCCUCUGGAUGUCGAGGCAGUGGCACCAGCUGCGUCAGUGGCAGUGAUGGCCCCUGCUCUGACGGAAGGUGGUCCUCAAAAGCCUGACGACUUGCUUACCCCUUUACCGGCUAGUGGAUUUCUUUCCCCAGAGCAGGCUGCACAGGUUUGCCAGAAUCGUGAGGUCCUGGCAAAGUUCGUAGUAUCAGCGAACGUACAGCCAACGAAAAUAGACGAACAGUGUCUGCGUGGUAUUUCCAAAGAGCUUAUUCGCGAUGUCAUCAAUUCUAAAUACUCAAAUGGUCUCGAUAGUUUGUCGAUGUUCGCGAACGGAUCUGACUUGAUCACGCGAGAGCGAAAAAAUCACAACGACGAGGCCAAGGAACUGGAUUACGAGGAGGAGGCGUUGGUGGAGGAGGAUUUUAGGACUGAGGAGUGUCCGGUAAUGCCGGACAGUAGUGAACCCGAGUCUAGUGAUAUUAUAAUGAGUGAACCUUCUUCUAAUGCUCAGAACGACGAGAUGGGAUUCUUGAAAGCCAGUGAAGAUGUGCCUAUGGGUGGCGUAAGUCUUCCAACAGACAAAGAUCUCGCCCGAAUAAUGGAAUUUAACCCUGAGUUACCAACUAAUGUUGGAGACAUAGGAAAUGUUGUUGGUGACAUUGUUGGCCAAAAUGUUGAAGAUAUUCUUCAGGUAAUCAGUUCAAUAGAAGGUGGUGAAACCCCUAUGGUAACCGGCGAUGCAAUUUUACCAAGUGGAUCAACGGAAUCUGGUGUCACUCCUGGUGUUGAAAUGUUUCCCAUGUCUGAAAGUUUCUCGUCGUUCGAGCGUGACCUUCUCAAUGAUGUUAAUGAUGUAAUGAAUUUAGUAAAUGAAAAUAUAAAUAUGAAUGAAAACAUGGGAGAAUCCUCAGAAGCGCAACGAGACAUCAAUUUGCGUAUACAACAAGAGUCUGUUGAAGAGAAACAUUUUGAGGUCGAGAGGCGUUGUGCUUUCCUUCUACGACGUCUUCGUAAGCUUCAAACAAGAAUUAUAGGUCGUCACAUUGCCGAAGAAAAUACAGGUGUUCUUGAAUUAGCUCAUCACAGUGUUAAAAAAUAUUUUCUCCAAGAACUUUCGAAUAUUUCACCGAAAGGAACUACUCCAAAAAACUUUCCGGAGAUUGGAGGAACUCUUGAUGCGUUUUUACAGAAGAUUGAAAAAUCGUGUGUGGCACAAAGUAAUAGUGUGAAUCGUCAACGUGUGUGUUGUCGAUAUUUUGGAGGCGGAUCGCGUGAUAAUGCACUUGGUGGUAGUAGUAGUAGUAGUAGUGGAUCUAACACCACACGACAUCCAUUGUUCGGAACAGCUCAGGUUAAAAUUGAUGGUGAAGAAGUUGAAAAUGUUGCUGGUUCAUUAGCCACACAAUUGCAUACGGUUGAGUCAAAUCUUGACUCUGAUUGCACGGCCUCCAGUAGCGGUGGAGAAAGCUGUGAUGAAAUGCAAACAUUUAAUAAUCCUCAUCAACAACAGUUACCUAUAUCAAAAAGAGCAGCUUGGAGAUAUGCUCAGGACAGAGCGGGUGUUGCGGCACGUUGGAUGUGGUUGCAAGCACAAAUAUCCGAUCUCGAGUAUAAAAUUCGUCAACAUAAUGAUCUCCAGUGUUAUACGAGAGCAAACAAAGGUUGCGUAGUGUUGGAUAACCCUGAGACAGUGAAUGGAUAUAGUGGAGUAUUGCCAGGGUCGACAGGUCGUUACAACUCGUUAGAAAAUGAACCUUCAGCAAGUAGAACUCGACCAUUUGUUUCGGAAGUGUAUAAAAAACGAAAACUUCUGCGAGUUGAAGGCUUACAUGAAGUUUCAAAACGCGCAGCAAGGGCAUCAACUAUUAGAUGCGAUUGUGAUCGUACUUUAGCAUCAUGUGCACUUUGUACUGGUCGAACGGAUCCAAUGCAACCUCAAGAACCUCUAGAUCAACUUUCAAUACCUGAAAGAAUUGCUCUAGUUGAUCCCUGCUAUCAUCCCGUACUAUCUUUUCCCGAUGAAGUUACUCAUAGUACUCAUUUUGAUGCUAUCAUGAAAUCCGUUGACUGGCAGCAGAAAAUGUUGCGAGGUAGCGUUAGAAUGUCUCGUGUUAAAGACAACAAAGAACCAAUCGAAAGGAGAAAACAGCAAAAUAAAUUACCAGAACAUAAGACCAAGUACACAACAAAGAUUAAAAAAUCAUCAUCGAGUUUGUUAACAGCAAGGAUUAAAAGAAAAAUGUUAAAAGGUAAAAGAUUAAUUCUUGCUCCUGGUAAACAUUUACAAGGAUUAAAUAAAAAACGGGUAAAUAAAGUGUCUCAACAAGCUGAAGAUGAUGAAGAUGUUAGUGCACAAUCGAGUUCCAGUAAACAUUCAUCUCCAGUGCCUUCACCAUUACAGCAACCUACUACUACAGAGAAAGUUUUACCAAAAGAAAAGAGUUCCAAUUCGCACAUACGGCUGAGACAAAAUUCAUAUGAUAUUGACAACAUUGUCAUACCUUAUAGUGUAGCAGCAUCCACAAGAUUGGAAAAACUUCAGUACAAAGAAAUAUUGACGCCAAAGUGGAGGCUUUGUGAAGAAUCAACUAAAGCAGACGUAAAAAAUGGUGUCAUGCAUAGGCCUAGUCAAGAUAGUGAUGUUGAAGAUGUAUCUGAUGAAGCUGUUGCUUUAAGGCAUGAGCGCAGUGAACGUGAAGAAUAUAAACGCUUCAUGACCUACGUUAAUAUGGUUCCACAGAGUCGUAUCCGGCAUAAUCGUCGGGCUGAUAGUCGAGCUGAUAGUGGUGCCAAUACACCAGAUCCCAUGUCGCCUCAUCCUAGUGACAUUAGUGGGGACGUUACUUCACCGAUAACAUCUCCACCUGCAACACCUAUGAGUCACGAUACUGAUCACCACAAUACUCUCGACAAUAGUCAUCGAAAUUCUAUUCAUUAUGCUAUUCGUCGUCGUACUAUUUCAUCAAAUAAAAUUAAAGAAGAGAUGAACAACUCCAUUGCGGAAGAAGAAAAAAAUGAGGUUUUACCAUAUCAAGCAAGAACUUUUCCCUUAUCUGAAGAAGUUUAUGACAAAAUGUUGGAAGUUAUGCCAGAUGGUCAUUGGCAGUCGACAACAUCAACUUUAUGCUCAAGAAUAACGGAUAAAGUUGUUGAAGAGGAAACUGCAUUGGAUUCACCUGAGUCAGAUACUACAGAAUCAGCGUAUUGUGAUGCUGAUGGCGAGGACCCAAAUGACCCAGAAUGGACAGUCGGAGAUGAUCGAGAUGCUGAAAAAGAACGAAUACGUUUAACAGCCAAGAGAUAG